AUGAGUAUCGACUAUUCUUAUUUGGCUCCUCCUUUGGGAGCUCAUUCAGUUCAGCAUACAGAUUAUUAUAUUAAACAUCAUGAGAGAGAGAAAGGAGCUCGUAAAAUUUAUGAUUGUGUUUCUUAUGAUACUUUUGAACAAGAGAAGAUCAGAGAACUCAAACAAGAAAUUUAGAAAUAAAAUAUCUAGCUUCCAUCAGACUGGAAGGAGAGUGAUUAUUUAAAAAUUGGCUACUCAGGUCGCUUUAAAAUGAAGGAAGUCAUCAAAAAACUGCAGUUGCAUUUAUCUUGGAGAGCCAAUCCAAUAUAUCAUUAAAUUAAUCCAGCAACUGAAAAAUUUCUCAAGGAGGGCAUCUGUUAUAUAUUUGGCAGAGACAAGCAGUAUCGUCCCAUAGUUAUUUUGAAUGCUCAUAUGAUUGAUUUAAAGAAAUAUGAUAAAGAAACGAUAAUUUAGGCAUUAUCAUUCCAAAUGGGAAUUAUUAAAAAACACAUGUUCAUUCCUGGCAAAGUUGAAAAUUGGAUAUUCCUAUUGGAAAGUAAUGGCUUAGGAGUUUUUGGUUUGCCAACAAAAGCAUUAUAAGUUGUAAUUGAUACAAUGAGCACAAAUUUUGGUGGUUGCUUGGAAAAGAUGUUCAUAUUGAAUCCGUCAUCAGGUUUGAAUUUUUUGUGGAAAACUAUAUCUGGAUUUUUGGAUCCUGAAACUGCCGAAAAGAUUAAUUUUUUAUAGAAGAAGGACUUUAUGAAGUUGCAGUAAAUUAUUGAUCCUAAUCAGUUGGAAUAAAAAUAUGGUGGAACCUAACCAAACUAAAAUACAUUUUGGCCUCCAUAUAAUUUAGAUUUAACUGAUGGGAGAACUGUUCCUAAACAAAAAUAAUAAAUUGAUUAGUUUAUACCACUGAAAAAUGAAGAAGAAAAACAAGUUUUAAAAAAUGCUGACCCUUAUGAUAAUGUUGAAAAUAAUGUUAAUGACUUUUUUGAAACUUAAAAACAAUUGUAUAACUUCGAACAACAAAAGAAAUCAGCUGAAUUUGGGUAGGGACCUUAAAUUGAGUAAAAGGAUCAGGAAUAACCCUAAAAGUAGGAAUUAAAUGAUCAAGAUCAAUAACAAGUCAAUGAUUAAAUUCAUCAACAAUCUCCUGCGAAGGAAAACUAAUAACAAUAAGAGAUUGACUAAAAUAACAACGAAUAAAAUGUAUAAUAGACUGAACAUGAGAAGAAAAGAGAAGGAGAUAACGAGGAAUAACACCAUCAACAACAAGAACAAGAAGGGAAUAUUUCUAAAUAGGAACCUGAGUAAGAAGUAUAGAAAUCAGCGGAAUUGCAUCAAUAAUAAUAAUAAAAUCAUCAGGAGUAAACUCAAAAAGUUGAAGUUGAUGUGAAUAAUAAAAACUAACAGGAGGAAGAAAAUUAAGUUGUAAGCAAUGCAUCAGCUACUAAAAUCAUCUAACCAGAGGAAGUGCAAGCAUAGAAUGUUGAGAUGACUUAAAUCGAUCCAGUUGCCAAUCAAGCUUGUUGUAAGGGUUGUGAGAUAUUUUGA